CUCCCCUCCUGCCUUCGGCUUCAUCCUCUUCCACCUCAUGAUCGUGUCUGUAACGGACGUUUGAACCAAUACACGCCAUCGAUGUAAUCGGUAAGAGGUACCGAUCAAUGGAUGAGUCACGCACCAAUAUCGUUCCUUUCGAAGCUGUCGUCUAAUCCUCUCCACGAGAGAACUGACAAUGGGUGUGGGUCCCUCGACGGAAGACGGCCAAGCUGGGUCGCCAGAAGGACUCAGCUACAAGCUAGCUGAGCGCUUCGCGGCCAAAUGCUUCACCCCGCUGGAGUUGACCCACUUCAAGGACAACUUCUUUAGCCGCGCGACAGACCAGGACGGGGUCAAGUACUGGAAUGAGAAGACACUUUCUGACUUUCUGGGCAUCCCGGACGGGGACGGGGACGGAGACGCCGGCGCGGGCGCUCCCCACUGCCCAUUGGAUGCGGGGCCGGUGGUCUUCCGCAUGGUUUCGUAUCUGGGGGCGUUUCCGUUCCAGAAUACCCUGGCGCCCAGCGCUCUUACCUUCGAGGCUAUGGUUAAAGUUGUGGUGUUGCUGACGGAGCGCUAUGGGAAGGUGUUGCGACGAGCUCGCAAGGACCGGAUCAGGCUGCUUUUUGGGAGUCUGGCGGAUGUUCAGAGGAAGGAUACGUGGUCCCCGGAGACUCAUGAGGAUAAGGAUGAGACUGGUGAGGAGGACGGCGGGGCUGCCUCCCUGCCGAGAUCGCACGCUCCGGGUUUCUUGAUUGAUGAGCCUGCGAAUGAUGAUUACGAGGAUGAUGAUGACGAUCUUGCUCUCGCUGCGUUGGAGUCGCUGGAUGCGAUUGAAGUGUUUAAGCAUGACUCGCGCAUCGAUAAAGCGGUCUAUGAAGCCCGCGUCUCGAUCAGUACUUUCCGUCGUCUAGUGAUGUUGUUGCUGGUCAUCUCGCCGCUGAAGCCGCUGGAGUCGGUAAAGCCGUAUACUUCGGAACUGAGCGAGCAGCGCAUGGAGGAUAUUUGCAAUGAAGCCGAGACCAUCCUGUCCGCCUUCGGCCAGGAGCCGUCGGGCGGCAUUAGCUACAGGUCUUUCGCGCAGACUGUAUCUACGUCGCUGCCGUAUUUGUUCGACCCGUUAACCCCGUUGUUUGAGCAUCUUCUGUUUAGUAAGAACCUGGAUCUUUCGCAACGCAGGCGUAAAACCGAUUCUACAGAGCCGGAACCGGAACCAGAACCGGUGGAGGAACCGGUGGAGGAACCGGCUGGGGAAUCAGCACCGACGCCCUCGCCGUCCGCGCCCUUCUCAAUCACGCUCCCGGGGGACUUUGAGUCCGCUAUACUGAGUCCGACCGUCGUGUCUCAUCUCUCGUUCUUCCUUCCCUCAACAUCAGCCGAUGUGAACCUCCUGCGCGGCAACGUGCGUCUGCAUCCUGUCUUCUCCACCACAGCGCACGGGUCGUCUCUGACCUCGUUCUCCCACAACGUCCUUACCUGGCAAUCGAGCACCCUUCUCCUCCUCGACGGAACCCUCGAUACCGGAAAGCCCAUCACAAUAGGCGCAUACCUCCCACAACCGUGGAAAUCCAGCACCUCGACAUCAAAGGUCUCCGAAACCACCACCCUCCCCUGCCUAUUCCAGCUCUCCCCAAAGCACAUCCUCCUCCCAGGCAACUCAUCCCCAUCCGUCCAAAAUGUCCCCAACGCCCCCGCAGCCUACUUCUCCACCGAGACAGGCCUCGCCCUCGGCUGCCAAAUCCCGCCAGCAUCCCGCUCCCAAAAACUACCCCCAAUCCCGCACGGCGCAGGAAGUCUAACAGUCGACACGAGUCUCGAAACCGCCGACCUCCACAUCUCCACCAUCGGCUCCAACGGCGUCUUCCUCCCCCCACCCUCCUCCCCCUCCCCCUCAUCCUCCCAAGACCACACAACCUCAAAAACCCAAAUCCACAUCCUCAACCUCGAAGUCUGGGGCGUGAUGCCCGACCCCGCAACCGCAUCUUCAGAACAAGGCCAAAGCGCCAUCGAGAAGCAGCGGCAGAAAUGGGACUUUGAGGCCCGCGAGGCCGAGCGCAGACGCAACUUGAAUUUGAAGGCGGGGGCUGGUGACCCUGCGAGAGAGAGCGCGCGCUGGUUGCUUGAGACGGCGGGGAUUGUGGGGAGUGAGUCGAGGUAUCUGUAGUUGGAUUUUUUGGUUUGUUUUUUAUUUUUAUUUUUAUAUAUUUGUUUCUUUUAUCUUGUUUAAUGCCCAAAUCCCGAUGACUGCGGCGAAGGACUGUCCCUUAGACUGUGAGAGCUGCCCACCAUACUCAAUAUGUGAGUAUGUUACUAUGGGCGCAUUGUUCGGGUCUUUUCUUGGUUUGAUCAACAUCGUUGGG